AUGUCUUAUCCACUUGAAAAGAAAGAAUCUGGUGAUUUAUUUGAUAUUUCAGAUGUUGAAGAAGAAUCACAAGUUGAUCAAAAAUUAAUUGAAAAACCAUAUUAUUCAUUUCGAUUCCAAUUUAAUUAUAUUGAUGAAUGGGUUUCAUUUCCAAAUUGGUUGAUUGCAAUUUCCAUGGAAAUUCCAUUAAUUUUAUGGGUUUCAUUUAUAAUUUUUCUUGAUGUAUUAGUUGCACCAGAUGCUAUUAUAUGUUCAGUUUUAUCAAUUAAUUUAUCAAUUUUAGGGAUUUUUUUCAAAAAAAUUUCAAAUUUACAAUCAAUUUGGUGGUUAGCAAAUUUUAAUGGUAUUGUUGUAUCAAUAUUGGGAUUAAUUGUUAAAAUUUAUAGAUUUGCAAUGUUGGAUAUUUUCCAAAUGAUUGAAAUUCAAUUAAUUGAUGUUGGAUCAUUAACUGGAUUAACAGAUGAUGAUUAUAUUUGGGAAAUGAUUAUUACUGUUGUAAUGAUUUUGAUAUUGAUUAUUUCAUUAUGUUAUCAUUUAAUUAUUGUUUAUAUUGGGAAUUAUCAUGAUGAGUCAUUACCAUAUUUUACAAUUGAUAAAGAUGAUUAUGGAUUAGUUUGUGUAUCAUUUUGGUGUGGAUAUUAUGGUGAAGAUGGAGAUGAAGAUGAUGCUAAUAUUGUAUAA